AUGGAGGUUGUAUACGAUGAGGAAGUUCAAGAACCUCUUGAAGAGACUCUGGAUAUUGUCGCAGACACUGAACAAUGCUUAAUGGUUCGCCGUGUGUGCCUCGCUCCCCGCCAAAUUGAUGAAAACCCUCAACGACAUAACCUGUUUCACUCCAAGUGUACUAUUGCAGGCAAGGUUUACAAAUUUAUUAUCGACUACGGCAGUAGCAAAAACGUGGUUGCUGAAGAAGUCGUCAAUAAACUCAAACUAUCAAAAGAACCUCAUCCUUGUCCCUACAAACUAGCUUGGUUGGACCAGAAAACAGAAGUGAUGAUUUCUCGUCGUGCUCUUAUUUCUUUUUCUAUUGGAGGUACUUUCAAAGAUCAACUUCAUUGUUACGUAGCACCAAUGGACUGCUGCCACCUACUUUUGGGACGUACUUGGAUAUUUGAUCAUCGCGUCCAGCACGAUGGUUAUCUCAACACCUACAGCUUACGUUACAAUAAUCGUAAUCUCACACUUCAACCAUCUCUACCUGGGAAACAGAGCACGCCAUCAGCACCUGUCUUAAUUCUCCAGCGAAAACCUUUUGAGCAUGCCCUUCGUGAAGAGGGACGAGUUCUGAUUUUAAUCAACUCCUCCUCCGAGACCAUUGUUCCUUCAAUUCCAGAUAACUUUAAGGGUCUUUUGGACGAGUUUCAGGAUGCCUUCCCCAACGAGCUUCCGUCCGGCCUUCCUCCUCACAGAGAUAUUCAACACCGCAUUGAUCUAGUACCAGAUGCUAUACUUCCUAAUCGAGCUCAUUACCGCAUGAGUCCUAGCGAGCAUGAAGAGCUUCGAAGACAAGUUGAGGAUCUUGUGGUAAAAGGAUACUUACGUGAAAGUCUGAGUCCAUGUGCAGUCCCUGCAUUGCUUAUACCUAAGAAAGAUGGAUCAUGGAGAAUGUGUGUCGAUAGCUAUAGCCGCGCAAUAAACAAAAUUACAGUGCGCUAUAGAUUUCCCAUAGCUCGUCUCGACGAUCUUUUGGAUCAAAUUGGUGCUGCAACGAUUUUCUCUAAACUGGAUCUUCGCAGUGGAUACCAUCAUAUACGAAUUCGCCCCGGUGAUGAGUGGAAAACUGCGUUUAAAACUCGAGAAGGUCAUUUUGAAUGGCUUGUCAUGCCUUUCGGAUUAUCCAACGCACCAAGCACCUUUACGCGCGUCAUGAAUCACUCUUUGUGA